GUCCAACCCAUAUGUAUACUCCCUCCGUUUCUUAAAGUAUGUCGUUUUAGACUUCUUCACAAGGAUUAAGGACUGUAAUUAUGACAGCUUAUUCUUGUUUCUCUUUCCUAACCAUAUCACCUGACCAUUCAUUUUUCUUUUUAUUAUCAGUGUAUAAUUAAUGAAGCUACACGGUUUCUUACAAAAAUUAAUCUAAUUUUAAGAAAAUUUAUGUAAAAACUUCUCACCUCCAAGACUGUUUUUUCAUCUGUUUAAAAUUUACUUCCCUCUAAAAAUUUCAAGUUACCCUCCAACUCAAUUUUUCAAUUUUCAUUUUCCCACCAAGUUUUAGUAGUAUAUAUAGACACUACUAUAGUUUUGUGUAAAUCACACAACACACAUAAUAGAGAGUCACACUCAAGCUAUACUUAAGCUAUGGAUAGUAAUCAUAUGAUUGAUCUCAACAUGUCACUAGAUUUACAUGAAGAUUUAUUAUCCAAUGAAGAAAUAAUUUCAACAAGUACAUCCCAUAACGAAGGAAGAGAAAAUUUUUCUCAGGGCCAUAAUGAGACUCAUUCAACCCAAUGUUCUUCUCACCAUCACGAGCUUGAUUUAAACAGACCACCAUCUCCUGAAUGUGAAGUAGGAGCAGAUGAUGGUCAAGUAAACGUGAAAAAAAGAAAAGUUAUGACUAACAGUGAAAGACAAGCAGUUUAUGCAGCUUUGUUAAAAGCAAGUGUGAAUGGGAAAUUAAAGAAAUAUUCCACUAAAAAGGUUGCAACAAAAUUUGAAGUGCCCUUGCGUACGGUUCAGAGAAUUUGGAAAAGGGCAAAAGAAAAUGUGGGGAAUGACUUUGCUGAUGUAUCUCAUCGCUGGAUAAAAAAUUGUGGUCGUAAACGGAUAUAAAUAGAUGUGGAAAAAUUCCGAAAUAUCCCGUUACAAAAAAGAACAACAAUACGUUCUGCAGCAAGUGCUAUGAAUAUCAGCUCAUCAUUGCUCUAUAGAAACUUCAGGGUGUACAAUAAAAUAAAAAGACGUUCCAGUACACUCAAGCCUUUCUUAACCGAUGAAAAUAAAAAGGCCAGAUUACAAUUUUGCUUGUC